AUGGACCUGGCACCAGCGCCCAUCGGGGACAGUCUGUCGUUGAAGGAACCGGUGAUUGAAGUGGAAGCUGUCGAUAUGACUUCCACGGAAACUGGAGAAGCAACGAACCCCCUGACGGCGGAAGAAGAAGAGAAGCUGGCAAAGAAAGAGGACGAGGAAGACCAGAAGUUGCUGUCUGAAUUUGAAACGGAUAGUGAGGCGGGAAGCGAUGAUUGGGAGACCCAAUCUCUAUAUGAAGAUGCGCUGCAGUUCGUCCGCGACGAUCAGCUUCGAGAAGGAGUACCUGGGGCUUGCACGUUAGAUGAAGCUGUUGCUUAUCGACAACGACUGCAUGAAAUUGGCAAGGCUGCCUUUGUGGAGGAGACAAUCGUCCGGGAAACCGUCAGCGCAAAGAAACUAUGCACUGCGUUUGGGAUACUUCCUCCGCCGUUUCUUGAAGGUGCCCCGGAUGAGGCGUACCAUCCUCUUCUGGCCAUGGGGAUAUCGCGUGAAUUCUCCCGGCGCCAGAAACUUCCGCAAUACAAUACAAUUGAUGAUGCGGUCAAAUUGCUCAAGGGAUCCAAGAAUAUCAUCGUGUUAACAGGCGCAGGGAUCUCUACCAGCCUUGGUAUUCCUGAUUUUCGGUCCAAGGACACCGGUCUCUACUCUCAGUUGGAGCAUCUAGGAUUAAGUGACCCUCAGGAGGUCUUUGAUAUCCAUAUCUUUCGGGAGGAUCCUCGCAUUUUCUUUUCGGUUGCGAAGGACAUCCUACCUACCGAAAAUAAGUUCUCUCCGACUCAUGGGUUUAUCCGGUUGCUUCAAGAUAAGGAUAAACUCUUGACCAACUAUACUCAGAACAUUGAUAACAUUGAGGCCAAUGCCGGUGUUUUUCCUGAUAAGAUCGUGCAAUGCCACGGCUCAUUUGCUACAGCCACUUGUUUCAAAUGUCAGCACAAGGUUUCAGGAGACACGAUCAUGGAAGAUAUCAAGAAGGGUAUCAUUCCUGAAUGUCUUGAAUGUAAGAAGAAGCUCGAUGAUGGCUUGUUGAAGCCUCAAGGGAUGAAGCGGAAGCGAAGCUCCAAUGGCACUCAGAAGGACCGUAAAGAUCAGGGCAGUUCUGAGGACGAGGGCGAUUACGAACUUCCGACUCCCGGGAUCAUGAAGCCUGAUAUCACAUUCUUUGGAGAAGAUCUCCCUGAUGAGUUCGGUCGCCGUCUUGUUCAUCAUGACCGUGAACGAGCAGACCUGGUCAUUGUCAUUGGCACUUCGCUGAAAGUGGCUCCUGUGGCAGAGGUGCCUGGAGUACUUCCUCGCAAUGUUCCUCAGAUCUACAUCUCACGUACUCCUAUUUCACAUACUGGAUUUGAUAUCGACUUAUUAGGUGACUGCGAUGUAGUAGUCUCCGAGCUCUGUCGCCGGGCAGGUUGGGAUCUGAAGCACGAGAUGAUUCCCCCAGACGAGAAAGUUGAGGUGAAGCAGGUGGAAGGAUACGAGUCACGACAUGAGUUCAAGGUCGUUGGCGCAUAA